AUGCCUAUCACUAUGAUUACGAGUAAAAAGGAGCUUGACGACCUUCUCAAGUCCCACAAAUACGCCAUCGUUUAUGCAACUGCAUCUUGGUGCGGACCUUGUAGAGCCAUUGCUCCGAUCUUCGACAAGCAGGCCAGUGAACAUGAAAUACCUGAGAGGUUCGCGUUCAUCAAGUUCGAUACGGACGAAGCUCCUGAUAUUUCGCAAGAGCUAGGCAUUCGUUCCAUCCCUGCUUUCUUCACCUUCGAGGAUGGUGAAAAAGUUGAUAGCUUAUCUGGAGCUAAUCCUCCCGCACUUCAGAAACUGGUUCAAGAUCUAGGUGCAAGGGCGAGCCAGGGGUAG